AUAAAAUAAUUGACAGGGACUUCAACCUCAGUUCUGAAAAUCCCUAACAUCUGACGUAGGAGGAUUUGUAGGUUUAGUGGAAAUUGCUUUCUCCUGCUCUCCAGAUUGGAUACUAUGUGGGUUGGGUGGGUUUUUUUUUUUUUUUAGCUUGAUUUGUUUUUUCCUCAUGAGUAUAUAUCCUUCUAACAAUGAACAGACCAAUAAUGUCUUAAGAGAGAAAAAGAGCAUCCUUUUCCUUUUUGCUUUUUUUUUUUUUUUUGAGAGAGAACUGUGUGGCUAUUUGCAAACUUAUGUUGACUGUGCACAAUAUGAAAGUUGGCAUCUUCCUGCUGUGGUGGGCAUGGGUCUGGGCCACUGAGAGCAGAGUACAUUGGCCAGGAAGAGAAGUUCACGAGAUGUCUAAGAAAGGCAGCCCAGCUCUGAAACGAAGCCCUGACAUCACCAAAUCCCCACUGACCAAAUCAGAGCAGCUGCUGAGGAUUGAUGACCAUGACUUCAGUAUGAGACCAGGCUUCGGAGGCCCAGCCAUUCCUGUUGGCGUGGAUGUUCAGGUGGAGAGCCUGGACAGCAUCUCAGAGGUCGACAUGGACUUCACCAUGACGCUCUACCUGCGGCACUACUGGAAGGAUGAAAGGUUGUCCUUCCCCAGCACCAACAACCUCAGCAUGACGUUUGAUGGGCGGCUGGUGAAGAAGAUCUGGGUCCCCGACAUGUUCUUUGUACACUCCAAGCGUUCCUUCAUCCAUGACACCACCACGGACAAUGUCAUGCUUCGGGUGCAGCCUGAUGGAACAGUGCUCUACAGCCUCAGGGUCACAGUGACUGCAAUGUGCAACAUGGAUUUCAGCCGAUUUCCUCUGGACACUCAAACGUGCUCACUUGAAAUUGAAAGUUAUGCCUACACAGAAGAUGACCUGAUGUUGUACUGGAAAAAAGGUAAUGACUCCUUAAAGACAGACGAGAGGAUCUCGCUUUCCCAGUUCCUCAUUCAGGAGUUCCACACCACCACGAAGCUGGCCUUCUACAGCAGCACAGGCUGGUACAACCGUCUCUACAUCAACUUCACGCUGCGGCGCCACAUCUUCUUCUUUUUGCUCCAAACCUACUUCCCUGCCACCCUGAUGGUCAUGCUGUCCUGGGUGUCAUUCUGGAUCGACCGCAGAGCUGUGCCUGCCAGGGUCCCCUUAGGUAUCACCACAGUACUGACCAUGUCCACCAUCAUCACGGGUGUGAACGCCUCCAUGCCUCGCGUUUCCUACAUCAAGGCCGUGGACAUAUACCUCUGGGUCAGCUUUGUGUUCGUGUUCCUCUCGGUGCUGGAGUAUGCGGCUGUCAACUACCUGACCACUGUGCAGGAGCGGAAGGAGCGGAAGCUGCGGGACAAGCUUCCCUGCACAUGUGGGCUGCCUCAGCCACAUGCUGUCAUGUUGGAUGGUAGCUACAGCGAUGGGGAGGUAAAUGAUCUGGGCAGCUACAUGCCGGACAAUGGAGAGAAGCCAGACAGGAUGAUGGUGCAGCCUGCCCUGGCCCCAGAGAGGAAAAGUCAGAGGAGCAACUAUGUGAGCAUGAGGAUUGACACCCAUGCCAUCGAUAAAUACUCUCGGAUCAUCUUCCCAGCAGCAUAUAUCUUAUUCAAUUUAAUAUACUGGUCUAUCUUCUCAUAG